GUCCGUGAUCAAAGUGGAUUCUCCACUGGACGGUCAAGAUCUUCUCCAACAGCAAUCAACGCUCCAAAUCUAUUCAUCGUUGACUUAAAUAAUUUUCUCUCUCUCUAGAGCUCCGAAGAAGCACCGGAGAGGAGGAGAGAGCACGGGUCUAAAGAAAAACCCUGAAUUUUGCUCGUUUCUUCGAAGAGGAAGGAUAAAUUGGAGGACCUCGGAGGAGCAAGAAAACAAGCUGUGGAAUUGUGGGUUUCUCGCUAGAGAUCAGGAUGAUCUCGUUGCAGAAUAGUGUCCGAGCGUCUCGGGGUUCAUCGGUCGUGGAUCGACCGGAGGAGUCGUUCGCUGUGCAGCAGGGGAUUGCAUCAUCGUCUUUGAGUUCUCUCGCGCUCCAGGAUUUUCAUCGCGAUGAUUCUCUUGAUGAGGAUGCACGGAUUGUUCUUGCACAUCAGCUUUACCGAACUGGAAACUUUAAGCUUGCACAAGAACAUUGCAAUUCUAUAUAUGAGAGGAACCCUCUGCGGACGGAUAAUCUUCUCCUCCUGGGUGCAAUCUAUUAUCAGUUGCGGGAUUAUGAUAUGUGCAUUGCGAAAAACGAAGAAGCUCUUCGUAUCAAGCCUCGGUUUGCUGAGAGUUAUGGAAAUAUGGCAAAUGCUUAUAGGGAAAAGGGUGAUUAUGACCUUGCAAUACAUUACUAUAUGAUUGCUAUUGAGCUUCAACCAAACUUUGCUGAGGCAUGGUCAAAUCUGGCUGGUGCAUACUUGAGGAAGGGAAGACUGAACGAGGCAUCCCAGUGUUCCCGUCAAGCUCUUACUUUAAAUCCUCUCCUGGCUGAUGCUCAUAAUAGCCUUGGAAAUUGUUUGAAGGCACAAGGAUUGAUCCAAGAGGCAUAUAAUUGCUAUAUUGAGGCUCUUAGGGUUCAACCCACUUGUGCUCUUGCUUGGUCAAAUCUUGCUGUUAUGUUCAUGGAUGCGGGGGAUCUCAACAGAGCGCUCCAAUAUUUCAAGGAAGCUGUGAGACUUAAACCUCUUUUUCAUGAUGCCUAUUUUAACAUGGGACAUGUGUAUAAGGCCCUGGGAAUGUCUCAAGAGGCUAUAAUCUGUUAUCAACGAGUUAUUCAAGCCCGUCCCAACUCUACAUUGGCAUAUUCUUACUUGGCCAACCUAUAUUAUGAGCAAGGUCAACUAGAUUUGGCCGUACUCCAUUACAAACAAGCCAUUGUGCGUAACCCGGGAUAUGUUGAGAGUUACAAUAACUUGGGCAAUGCGUUGAAGGAUGGAGGACGAGUUGAUGAAGCAAUUCAAUGCUAUAAUCAAUGCCUUGCAUUGCAACCCACCCACCCACAAGCACUUACCAACCUUGGGAACAUAUACAUGGAAUGGAAUAUGACUGGUGUUGCGGCUUCGUACUAUAAGGCUACCUUGGCAGUAACUACAGGGCUGUCGGCUCCAUUCAAUAACCUUGCUAUGAUCUAUAAGCAACAGGGAAAUUAUGCUGAUGCCAUAUCAUGUUACAAUGAAGUCCUUCGUAUAGAUCCCUUAGCAGCUGAUGGGCUUGUAAACAGGGGUAAUACUUACAAAGAAAUUGGUAGAGUGAGUGAAGCGAUCCAAGAUUACAUCCGUGCUAUAAAUGUCCGCCCUGCAAUGGCUGAAGCACAUGCAAACUUGGCUUCAGCAUACAAGGACAGUGGACUUGUUGAGGCUGCAGUAAAGAGCUACAGGCAGGCUUUGUUACUUAGACCAGACUUUCCAGAAGCUACCUGUAACCUUCUACACACCCUACAGUGCGUCUGCAGUUGGGAGGAUCGAGACAAGAUGUUUGCUGAAGUUGAAGGGAUCAUAAAAAGGCAGAUCAGUAUGUCACUUCUUCCUAGUGUGCAGCCGUUCCAUGCUAUAGCAUAUCCAAUUGAUCCAAUGCUUGCACUAGAAAUUAGCCGCAAAUAUGCUGCACAUUGCUCCAUUGUUGCAUCCCGGUUUGGACUCCCUCCUUUCAAUCAUCCCACACCAAUCCCUGUUAAGCGUGCUGGAGGAUUUGAAAGACUGAGGGUCGGGUAUGUAAGCAGCGAUUUUGGUAAUCAUCCUCUCUCACAUCUUAUGGGGUCGGUGUUUGGCAUGCAUACCCGGGAUAAUGUUGAGGUGUUCUGUUAUGCGUUGAGUCCGAAUGAUGGCUCUGAAUGGAGACAGCGUAUUCAAUCUGAAGCUGAGCAUUUUGUGGAUGUCUCUGCCAUGCCAUCUGACAUGAUAGCUAAAUUGAUAAACGAGGAUAAAAUACAGAUCCUUAUUAACCUUAACGGUUAUACCAAGGGUGCUAGGAAUGAAAUAUUUGCUAUGCAACCAGCACCUAUCCAAGUAUCUUACAUGGGGUUCCCAGGAACGACAGGGGCUACCUACAUAGAUUACCUGGUUACUGAUGAGUUUGUGUCUCCUCUGCGCUAUGCUCAUAUUUAUUCUGAGAAGCUUGUGCAUCUCCCUCAUUGCUACUUUGUGAAUGACUACAAACAGAAAAAUAGGGAUGUUCUGGAUCCAAAUUGCCAGCCUAAGCGUUCCGAUUAUGGCCUUCCUGAGGAUAAAUUUAUCUUUGCAUGCUUCAACCAGUUGUACAAAAUGGACCCAGAAAUCUUCACUGCUUGGUGCAACAUUCUCAAACGUGUACCCAACAGUGCACUUUGGCUCCUCCGUUUCCCCGCUGCCGGAGAGAUGAGGCUACGAGCAUAUGCGGCCGCACAAGGGGUGCAACCAGACCAAAUUAUUUUCACAGAUGUUGCUAUGAAGCAAGAACACAUUAGACGCAGUGUUCUGGCAGAUUUGUUCCUUGACUCGCCACUGUGCAACGGUCAUACGACGGGCACAGAUGUACUAUGGGCUGGUUUGCCGGUGGUAACACUCCCUCUUGAGAAAAUGGCUACCAGAGUCGCCGGGUCACUAUGCCUUGCCACUGGUCUCGGUGACGAGAUGAUUGUCAAUAGCAUAAAGGAAUACGAAGAAAGGGCUGUAUCUUUGGCGUUAAACAGGACAAAGCUUCAGGCUCUGACAAAUAAACUGAAAGAAGUUCGAUUGACUUGCCCUCUAUUUGACACCGAGCGUUGGGUGAGGAACUUGGAAAGGUCGUACUUCAAAAUGUGGAAUCUGCAUUGCUCUGGGCAGCAACCCCAGCACUUUAAAGUAGCAGAGGAUGACGUAGAAUUUCCUGAUGACAAAUAAGCGAUGGAAAUGAGGCGGGAUCUGUAGAUUAAAAAAAUGAAAGGAGAAUGAAACAGAUAUGAACAAUUCGGGUAGUGUUGAUUGUGGUUCAGAUGAAGCAUGUGACAUGUCCUAUAGACUUGUCAUGCGGAUGGAUGAAAUCUCUACCCUUAUCUCUGUGUUUGUACCCUGACCGAGACCAUGAAUGUGGGUUCAACAAAUGAGAAUCUGCUAGUGCGUGUGGUGUUUUAUUUGAGGUCUGAACCCAGUUAGGGCUUCUUCAAAUUCGACCGAAUCUCGAGAAACCAAGUUGUUAUCCAGUUAGUUGUACUUGAGAGUUCUCUGGUCGUGUAAUGUCAAGCAUGGAUACAUAUACUCUGGAGAAGAAUGUAUUUCAUGAUGAGGCGAAGGAUUUUAGCCUCCCGGGUAGGUUCAUGCUCUGAUUGUUUGAAACUGUGAGGCCUUGUGAUGGUUCAACAUCGACCCUUUAUAGAGGUUGGGAGGUUCACA